UCUUCCUGCCCAGCCGGCCCUUUCCCCUCCCCUCGGCGCUCCCCCGCCCCGCUCCCUCCGCCCUCCCAGGGCUCCGGCGGCGGCUGAGUGAACGGGACCGCCCGGCCGCAGAGCGCGGGGCGGCGGGUGGGACGCGGGUGCCUGGUGGAGUUGUUCCGGCAGCGCCGGCGGAGACGUGAGGAGUUUGGCCAGGUGAAUGUGGGAAAGAGAAGUUCUCAGAAUUGAAAUGGAGGUCAGAGCUUCACUACAGAAGGUUAGUGGGUCAUCUGAUUCUGUGGCUACUCUGAACAGUGAAGAAUUUGUUUUGGUUCCUCAGCACACAGAUGAUACUUCUACAAAAGAUGAUGAGAAACCUCAACUGAAGAUAGUUUCUAAUGGUGAUGAACAACUGGAAAAAGCCAUGGAAGAAAUUUUGAGAGAUUCUGAGAAGGGACAAAGCAGUCUUGACUGUCAGAGUUCCAGUGAGAUUUCAGACCAUUCAUUUGGAGAUAUUCCAGCCAGCCAAACAAAUACACCAUCUCUUCAGUUAAUUUUGGAUCCAUCUAACACAGAAAUUUCCACACCCAGACCAUCUUCUCCAACUGGACUAUCUGAAGAAGAUAGUGUUUUAUUUAACAAACUGACCUACUUAGGAUGUAYGAAGGUUUCUUCCCCACGUAAUGAAGUGGAGGCUUUACGGGCAAUGGCAACCAUGAGAUUGUCCAGUCAGUACCCCUUUCCUGUUACUCUGUAUGUGCCAAAUGUUCCAGACGGUUCUGUGAGAAUCAUAGACCAAUCCAGCAAUGUGGAGAUAGCAUCUUUCCCGAUCUAUAAAGUGUUGUUCUGUGUGCGUGGACACGAUGGGACAACAGAGAGCAAUUGCUUUGCAUUUACAGAGAGUUCUCAUGGUUCAGAAGAAUUUCAGAUACAUGUUUUUUCCUGUGAAAUUAAAGAGGCAGUAAGCAGAAUUUUAUAUAGUUUCUGUACAGCAUUCAAACGUUCUUCCAGACAAGUGUCUGAUGUUAAAGACUCGAUUAUUCCUACCCCCGACAGUGAUGUGUUUACCUUUGGUGUCUCCUUGGAGGUAAAAGAAGAUGAUGGAAAAGGAAACUUUAGCCCUGUGCCAAAGGAUAGAGAUAAAUUUUAUUUCAAAUUAAAGCAAGGAAUAGAGAAGAAGGUUGUGAUUACAGUGCAACAACUUUCUAACAAAGAAUUAGCUAUUGAAAGAUGUUUUGGAAUGUUAUUAAGCCCAGGUCGAAACGUGAAGAACAGUGACAUGCAUUUACUGGAUAUGGAAUCGAUGGGAAAGAGCCAUGAUGGGAGAGCUUAUGUUAUUACUGGCAUGUGGAACCCUAAUGCACCAGUGUUUUUGGCACUUAAUGAAGAAACCCCAAAAGAUAAGCGUGUGUACAUGACGGUGGCAGUGGAUAUGGUGGUCACAGAGGUGGUGGAGCCUGUCCGUUUCCUCCUGGAGGCAGUGGCACGUGUGUACCCUGCAAAUGAGCGUUUUUGGUAUUUCAGCAGAAAGACUUUCACGGAGACUUUCUUCAUGAGGCUGAAACAGUCUGAGGGAAAAGGCCAUACCAGUGCUGGAGAUGUGAUAUAUGAGGUGGUGAGUCUACAGCGGGAGUCUGACAAGGAGGAACCCAUCACUCCUACUAGUGGAGGGGGUCCCUUGUCACCCCAGGAGGAUGAAGCCGAAGAGGAGAGUGAUAAUGAACUCUCAAGUGGAACAGGUGAUGUGUCUAAGGAUUGUCCUGAGAAGAUUCUGUACUCUUGGGGAGAAUUGCUAGGAAGAUGGCACAAUAACCUUGGUGCACGACCGAAAGGGCUACUCACUUUGGUGAAGAGUGGUGUUCCCGAAGCAUUGAGGGCAGAAGUAUGGCAGCUGUUAGCGGGCUGCCAUGACAACCAGGCGAUGCUGGACAAAUACCGAAUUCUUAUCACAAAGGACUCAGCCCAGGAGAGUGUUAUUACUCGAGAUAUUCAUCGUACUUUUCCUGCUCACGAUUACUUCAAGGACACAGGAGGAGAUGGUCAGGAAUCGCUCUACAAGAUCUGCAAGGCCUACUCUGUGUAUGAUGAAGACAUUGGAUACUGUCAAGGACAGUCUUUCCUUGCUGCUGUAUUGCUGCUGCAUAUGCCAGAGGAACAAGCUUUCUGUGUUUUGGUGAAAAUCAUGUAUGACUAUAAAUUGCGAGACCUCUACAAAAACAACUUUGAAGAUCUUCAUUGCAAAUUCUAUCAGUUGGAAAGACUAAUGCAGGAACAGCUCCCAGACCUGCACAGCCAUUUUUGUGAUCUGAAUCUGGAGGCUCAUAUGUAUGCAUCCCAGUGGUUCCUCACUCUCUUUACUGCCAAGUUUCCGCUCUGUAUGGUGUUCCACAUCAUUGACCUGCUGCUCUGUGAGGGUUUGAACAUAAUCUUUCAUGUUGCCUUGGCUCUCCUAAAGACCUCAAAGGAAGAUCUUCUACAGGCUGAUUUUGAAGGUGCUUUAAAGUUCUUCAGAGUUCAGCUUCCAAAGAGAUACAGAGCAGAGGAAAAUGCGAGAAGACUGAUGGAGCAGGCUUGCAAUAUUAAAGUACCAACCAAAAAGCUGAAAAAAUAUGAAAAAGAAUAUCAGACAAUGCGAGAGAGUCAGCUGCAGCAGGAAGACCCAAUGGAUAGAUACAAGUUUGUAUAUUUGUAGGUAACUCCAGCUGUUGCAUUUAUACUGGGAAUCUUCAUAAGAAGCUGAGAGAAAGGGAAAAAGAAAAAGAGAAAGUGGCUUUCUACUUUCAAAAAUGAGAAAAAAAGGAAAAUGGCAAAGUACUGUUUUAGCUGUGCAUGAUCACUUCCUCAGAGACUUUUAGAAGGUGAACYGUUGCAAGACUGGCACAAGGAUGUUUCAAACUUAUUUCUGCCUGUAGCAAAUGUUAAAAAGACAGACUUACUUGGAAGGAAAAAUAAAAAACCACAAAGGUACAUCAAGCCCAGUAAUGGAGUUUGUUGCAACGUUUACUUCUAUAAACAAAUUCAUGGGUAAUGGUGACAUUUGACCCAGUAUGCAGUCUUAGAAUCAAAGUGAUUUUAUUUUAAUCUCUUAAUUGUGUUUUUUUUUUUAAUUAGGCCAUUUGUGAUCACAAUAGUAAUUAGCAACACUGGUCCCUGAAUAGUGUUGGGAAAUACUGAUUGCCAACUUAGCUUUUCCAAGUGAAACAUGUUUGUCUUAAUUCUUCAGACUCAUGCAGAUGCACAAGUCCCUCCCUCUCAUUACCCCACUAAUGCCAAAAUGUCCUGCCAAGAGAAGUAUUAUGGUAGCCUUGUUAAUGAAAUCACCCAGAGUGGGAUGGCUUCCACUGUGGUAACUAGAGUUGCCUUUAUGUGGGCAGCACAGUCACACAGAGCAUCUUCACUGUGUUGCUGAACUGAACCGUGUGGAAUGUGUGCAGAGGAGCAGGGUGGAAGGAGUGUAUGGAUUUUGUAGUCAGAAGACCUGAAUUGAAAUUGUGGCUCUUGAGAGAAAGGACACAGGAUUUGGAAACCUAAUUGGAGAUUUUAGAAUCUGUUCAGCAUCUUGGACUAGUUAUUGAACCUUUUUCACAUCUGUUAAAUGUGUAGAGUGCACAUAGUUUCUUGAUGGAUUUGUGCGAGGUUGAGGGAUGUUGUGUGUUAAGUACUCGGCACAGGGUUAGUGUUCAGUAAACUUGGUUAUUAUUAGCUUAUGAAGACUACUACUACAAGUUAUCCAAGAAUUACUGAAAUAACAUAACCUCACAUUGGUCUGCCCCUCCAGUCCCUCAUGGAUCUUCCUCUGUUUCUCCCAGGUAUUGCUACUGAAUAACCUACCACCAGUCAGUAUGCUUCUCCCCUUGCUUAUAGAACUGGCUCAGGAACUGCGAAUAAAAUCCCACAUAGAGCUACGACAGAUAACUACCACCAGAUAAGAGCUAAAGCUACUUCCAUUGUUCCACAAUAAGUCCAAUUUUAAUGUUGGUCCUGUAACACUCUACUGUAAAAAGUUUUGAAGGUAGUAAUGGUAGAUCCAGAAUGAAACCCUACUACUGCUUAUAUAGUUUUAAYUUCCUUAAUGCCACCAUCAUUAUGAAAAAAAAUCUGAAGAGUGCUUUAAAGUAAAAGAGGAAAAUGAAAACCCAGCCUUGUACUUUUAAAAACAGGCUAGGACUGAACUGUUACCAUGUUUUUCUUUCUUUUGUCAAAGCAGGUAUGUAUAAAUAAAUAGUAAAAUGUGUGUUAUUUUUAAAAAGUGCCUAUAACAUGUAGGAUUAUCGGUAUAUUUUUCA